AGAGAACUCUCACUUUGGAGCAAAGUCAAGUCAAACAUUACUCUUCAAUCUUUACCCACAAAAGUUUACCCAAAGUGGAGCCUUCUUGUUGGUUUUGCUGUUUUUGUGUUUACUUUCUUUAAAACUAAGCAGAAAAUUAUAAUUGACAGCCACAAAAUUUGGACAGCAAGCAGAACUCCAGACAGCAACCAGAGUUUUGGAUAAUGGGCAGAAAUACUUCCUGCAAACCAAAUUUAGACAUUACGCAGAAUUCUAGGCCAUCCAUCAACCAGGAUUUUGGAAAGCACAAAAAAUUCUGAUGGCUAACAUGAUAUAAACAGAGAGGAAGAUUCAAGUCAACAACAAGAAUUUCGGACUGCAGGCAAAAAUUCUGACAGAAAACACAAUUUAAAUAGCAAGGCAAUCUAUCAGUAAUAUGGAAAAACUUGCCUCUCUUGAAGAGGUCCUUUUGAAUGGUGGCUCUAGUGUAAACAACAGUUCUGAUCCCAGUAAGACCAUAGGAAAUGAAAAUUUAACUUGCUAUUCAAAUGCGGGAUUUUUCAGCAUUCUUACUUUUUCAUGGAUCAGUCCACUAUUAAGUCUUGGCAAUGAGAAGACUUUAGAUCAUGAGGACCUCCCACUGCUUGCCGCCGAUGACAGUGCCUAUGGGGCUUUUACAACUUUUAGAAACAAUCUCGAGUCAGAGUGUGGUAGUGACCUUAGGAGAGUGACCACUCUUAAGCUGGUGAAAGUGUUAAUCUUCUCAACAUGGAAAGGGAUCGUUUUAUCCGGUUUGUUAGAAUUCUUAUGCACCUGUGCUUCUUUUGUUGGACCCUAUCUUAUUGAAAGCCUUGUUCAAUACUUCAACCAGGAACACAAGUUUAAAAAUGAAGGCUAUAUGUUGGCUAUAGCAUUUGUUGCAGCAAAGCUUGUUGAGUGUCUUCCAGAUAGGCACGGCAGAUUUAACUUGGAGCAGGUUGGAGUAAGGAUGCAAUCAAUGUUGGUGGCAAUGAUCUAUGCUAAAGGUCUGACUCUUUCCUGUCAAUCAAAGGAAGGAUACAGCAGUGGGGAAAUCAUCAACUUAAUGACUGUGGAUGCGGAAAGGGUCGAUGAACUUUGUUGGCACAUGCAUGCUCCAUGGAUAUGUGUUCUGAAAGUUGCGUUGGCCAUGUUAAUUCUCUACAAAAGUGUCGGGGUUGCUUCAAUAGCUGCUUUUGCUGCCACUGUAAUUGUGAUGUUGCUAAACCUUCCUGUGGCAUCAUUGCAAGAAAAGUUCCAAGGUAAGAUAAUGGAGUUCAAAGAUAAAAGAAUGAAGGUGACGUCUGAGAUUCUAAAGAAUAUGAAGAUUCUAAAACUGCAAGCAUGGGAGAUGAAGUUCUUAUCAAAGAUUUUUCAUCUUAGGAAGACUGAGGAGACAUUGCUAAAGAAAUUUCUAGUUAGCUCAGCUACUAUGACAUGUCUCUUGUUUAAUGCCCCAACUUUUAUUGCUGUUGUCACUUUCAGUGCUUGCUUUCUUAUAGGCAUCCCACUUGAAUCAGGGAAAAUCUUAUCUGCACUUGCAACAUUCGAAAUUCUUCAAAUGCCCAUAUACAGUCUUCCUGACACAAUUUCAAUGAUUGCACAAACUAAGGUUUCUUUUGAUAGGAUUACAUCAUUUCUUAGUCUAGAUGACUUGCAGACUGAUGUAGUGGAGAAACUUCCACGGGGUAGUUCUGACAUAGCAAUUGAAUUAGUAAAUGGAAAUUUCUCUUGGAAUUUAUCUUCCCUUAACACAACAUUGAAAAACAUAAAUCUCACAGUUUUUCAUGGUAUGAGGGUUGCUGUUUGUGGUACUGUUGCAUCAGGCAAAUCUAGCUUACUUUCUUGUAUAAUAGGUGAAAUACCUAAGAUAUCUGGGACCCUAAAGGUGUGUGGAUCAAAGGCUUAUGUUUCUCAAUCACCAUGGGUAGAAAGUGGCAAGAUAGAAGAGAACAUAUUAUUUGGCAAGGAGAUGGACAGGGAAAAGUAUGAGAAGGUGCUAGAAGCAUGUUCCUUGACAAAAGACCUGGAGGUUCUACCAUUUGGUGAUCAAACCAUCAUUGGAGAGAAAGGAAUCAAUUUGAGUGGUGGACAGAAGCAAAGAGUACAAAUAGCCCGUGCUCUUUACCAAGAUGCUGACAUUUAUUUGUUUGAUGAUCCCUUCAGUUCUGUGGAUGCUCAUACAGGAUCUCAUCUCUUUAGGGAGUGUCUGCUUGGCCUUCUAAAAACAAAAACUGUGAUAUACAUAACUCAUCAAGUAGAGUUCUUACCUGAUGCUGAUCUAAUAUUGGUCAUGAGAGAAGGAAGGAUAACUCAAUCAGGAAAAUACAAUGACAUUCUCAGGUCAGACACUGAUUUUAUGGAACUUGUAGGUGCACAUAGAGAAGCUUUGUCUUCAGUUAUGUCCUCAGAGAGAAUUCCCACACUUGAAACAGUGAAUAUCUCCACAAAGGACUCAGAUUCAUUAAGAUAUUUUGAACUUGAGCAAGAAGAGAAAAACAUAGAUGACCAUCAUGAUAAGUCAGAUGACACAGUUAAGCCAAAAGGCCAACUGAUUCAAGAGGAAGAACGGGAAAAGGGUAGAGUUCGGUUUAAGGUCUACUGGAAAUACAUCACAACAGCUUAUGGAGGAGCUUUUGUACCCUUUAUAUUGCUCUCACAGACACUUACCACGGUUUUUCAGAUUGGAAGCAACUAUUGGAUGACUUUAGAAACUCCUAUUUCUGCAACUGCAGAAACUGGUAUUGAAAGCUUUACCCUUAUGGUUGUCUAUGUUGCUUUGGCGAUUGGAAGUUCAUUUUUCAACCUUGUCAUAUCAGUUCUUAGAGAGAUAGCUGGAUACAAGACAGCCACUAUACUCUUUAAUAAAAUGCAUUUUUGCUUUUUCCGAGCACCAAUGUCAUUUUUUGAUGCCACCCCAAGUGGGAGAAUCCUUAAUAGAGCUUCAACAGAUCAAAACACAAUAGACAUAAGCAUUUCAUAUUUGGUAUGGGUAUUUACCUUCAUUUUGAUUCACCUCUUGGGAACUAUUGUUGUGAUGUCUCAAGCUGCAUGGCAGGUGUUUAUAGUAUUGAUUCCUAUCACGGCCACUUGCAUAUGGUACCAGCGAUACUAUUCUGCAUCAGCACGGGAACUGGCACGAUUAGUUGGUAUAUGCCAAGCUCCUGUUAUACAACAUUUUUCGGAAACAAUUUCUGGAUCAACAACCAUAAGAUGUUUUGAGCAAGAAUCGAGAUUUAAUGACAUACAUAUGAAACUGAUAGAUAGAUAUUCUCAACCCAGAUUAUACAGUGCCAGUGCAAUAGAAUGGUUGGCUUUCAGAUUGGAUAUUCUAUCCAUUACCACAUUUGCCUUCUGUUUGGUUUCCUUGAUAUCUUUUCCAAAUUCAAUUACUGCUCCGGGCAUUGCGGGAUUAGCUGUGACGUAUGGGCUUAAUCUAAAUGAACUACAAUAUAAUUUAAUCUGGGAUCUUUGCAAUUUGGAAAAUGAAUUUAUAUCCGUAGAAAGAAUACUUCAAUACACCUCCAUCCCAAGUGAAGCUCCUCUUACAAUAAAAGACAACCAACCAGAUCAUUCUUGGCCAUCAUUUGGAGAAGUUCAUAUCCAGGAUUUACAGGUUCGAUAUGCGCCUCAUUUGCCUCUAAUUUUACGUGGUCUUACUUGCACUUUCGCUGCUGGAGCAAAAACUGGCAUUGUGGGAAGAACAGGAAGUGGAAAAUCAACUCUAGUGCUAACACUUUUUCGACUUCUUGAACCUGUUGCUGGACAGAUAUUGAUAGAUAGUGUUGACAUAUCUUUGAUUGGAAUUCAUGAUUUGAGGUCCAGACUGAGCAUUAUUCCACAGGAUCCAACAAUGUUUGAAGGGACUGUUCGAAGCAACUUGGACCCCCUGGAAGAAUACACAGAUGAACAGAUUUGGGAGGCUCUAGAUAUGUGCCAACUUGGAGAUGAAGUAAGGAAGAAAGAAGGGAAACUUGACUCCUCAGUUACUGAGAAUGGAGAAAAUUGGAGUAUGGGCCAAAGGCAAUUGGUGUGCCUCGGCCGCGUUCUACUAAAGAAAAGCAAGAUAUUGGUGCUUGAUGAAGCUACUGCCUCAGUUGAUACAGCCACAGAUAAUAUUAUUCAGCAAACAGUGAAGCAACAUUUUUCAGAAUGUACAGUCAUUACCAUUGCUCAUAGAAUAACUUCAAUCCUGGAUAGUGACAUGGUUCUGUUUCUAAAUCAAGGGCUCAUUGAGGAAUAUGAUUCACCAAAGAAACUACUUAAGAACAAUUCUUCAUCUCUUGCUCAACUAGUUGCAGAAUACACAAGGAGAUCAAACUGUGGUUUUGGAACUUAAACUGAUACUGAAUUGAAAAUUAGCCUGGAAUCAGAUAUGUUGUUAGUGAUAUAUAUAAGGAAAACAUAAAGUGAGAUUAAAUUUCAUUAUUCAAUGAGUGCUCAAAACUGAGCAUGAGAAAAGUAUAUGGUAAUUUUGUGUAACAGUUAAAUUGAAGGACAUAUUCUGUUGAAAAAGAAGAUACAGUGAGAUUAAAUUCCAUAAUUUAAUCAGUACUCAAUGUUAGAAAGUGU